GCGCCUGCGCGGCGGCCCCUCUCCCCAUCCGGGUCCCUCCGUGCGGUGUAGCAGGUCGGUAGGCGGGAAAUGGCGACUGGCUGCUGAGCGGCUGCGGAGCGCGGAGCCCCGGCGGCGGUGUAAACACAGCGGCGCCCGCCCGGCCCGCCGCGGCCCGGCCCGGCCCUGCCGCCGGGAGCCCGGACACCGGGGGCCCGGCUCCCCGGCACCCCGCACCCGCAGCUUUACAUGUGGUACACAUGAAAAUGAGGCUGAGAACGCGGAAAGCUUCUCAGCAGUCGAAUCAGAUCCACACGCCACGUGCUCUGAGGGCAAAGAGGAAACACUCGGAGGUGGAGGAGAGCUUACCUGUCAGCGGAGGCAGGCCCGCGAAGAAUGACACCGGCCUGCUGUCUUCAAUCAAAAAGUUCAUUAAAGGAAGCACACCCAAGGAAGAAAGAGAAAAUCCUGCAAAAAGAAGUAGGAUUGAGCGGGAUAUCGAUAACAACUUGAUCACAUCCACACCUCAAACAGGAGAAAAGCCUAACAAACAGAUCUCUCGAGUGCGACGGAAAAGUCAGAUGAAUGGAGAAGCUGGAAGUUACGAAAUGACAAACCAACAUGUAAAGCAAAAUGGGAAACUAGAAGAUAAUCCUGCCACUGGCAGCCCCCCCCGAACCACGUUACUGGGAACCAUAUUUUCUCCUGUUUUCAAUUUUUUUUCACCAGCAAAUAAAAAUGGAACAUCAGGAUCAGAUUCUCCAGGACAAGCUGUUGAAGCUGAAGAGAUAGUCAAACAGCUUGAUAUGGAACAGGUUGAUGAGAUUACCACAAGUACUGCAACAUCAACCAACGGGGCAGCUUACACUAGCCAAGCAGUGCAGGUCAGGUCCACUGUCAACAAUGGUUUGGAAGAGGUGGAGGAAACAAAUGACCGGGACCUGCCACCACUUACAGCACCAGUAUCUCCAGACAGUGGCUACUCGUCAGCCCACGCAGAAGCUACCUAUGAAGAAGACUGGGAAGUCUUUGAUCCAUAUUAUUUCAUCAAACACGUUCCACCACUAACAGAAGAACAACUGAAUAGGAAGCCAGCUCUUCCACUGAAAACAAGAAGCACACCAGAAUUCUCAUUAGUUCUAGACUUGGAUGAAACAUUAGUGCACUGUAGUCUAAAUGAAUUAGAAGAUGCUGCACUCACUUUUCCAGUUCUUUUCCAGGAUGUCAUUUACCAGGUUUAUGUCCGGUUAAGGCCAUUCUUCCGAGAAUUCCUGGAACGUAUGUCUCAGAUUUAUGAGAUCAUUCUUUUUACCGCUUCUAAGAAGGUGUAUGCAGACAAGUUAUUGAACAUACUAGACCCUAAAAAGCAACUGGUCAGGCAUCGACUCUUCCGCGAGCAUUGUGUUUGUGUACAAGGAAAUUACAUCAAGGAUUUAAACAUUCUUGGUAGAGAUCUUUCAAAAACCAUCAUCAUUGACAAUUCACCGCAAGCCUUUGCUUACCAGCUUUCCAAUGGAAUUCCUAUAGAAAGCUGGUUCAUGGAUAAAAACGACAAUGAACUCCUAAAAUUGAUUCCAUUUCUGGAGAAACUUGUAGAGCUGAACGAAGAUGUCCGACCUCACAUCAGAGACAGAUUUCGCUUGCAUGACUUGCUACCCCCCGAUUAAAGCCUUUUGCCUCAUUACUGAAGGGGGAGAAAAUGCAGGACCCUUUUGGACUAAAACAAAACAUUGCCAUUACUGUUGAAAUUUUGCAUUUUUGUACCCCGUCUUGCUUUUCUUAUCUUUGGUGCCCAACAAUAAUCAAGGGUUACAGGAAGAGACUUUCUAUGGCUGAGGUUGAACACGUUCAGUACUCCACCGUACAAGCCCGUGGGUAGGCUAGAACAGAAGAGUCUUUAGAACUAGUGCAACUCCAACACAUUUUUGUAUGUCCAGGACAUCUGCGGUUUAUAAAGAAUUCUGUUUCUGCCACCAGCAGUUUGACCUGUAGAAACACAGGAUUUUAUGAUAUAACAGAGAUUGAAAAUGGACUCGUGUUUUCUCUCUGUUCGGUGCUCUAAGUGGGUUUGUAGCCACUUUUCUGUUACUUUUAAGAUUCUCAUUUCAACAGGAAUGGCCAGUAAAAAGUUGUUUUAUUUUUCCUGUUAAGGUUUAUAACCUUUUUACAUUUUUGACCUGUAUUAGAUUAGGAUUUCAUUAUGCAUUCCUUUUAGUUGAGGCGCUUCAUAGUUUUUUCUGGAAAUAGCCAAAUUUUCUUAGUUUUUUAUUAAACAGUUGAUGGCCGUUUUCCUGCUUUGUCUGCCUGCAUACUGUAUAUUUGUUUAAAAAUACUCUCUAGUUUUAGCCCACGUAAGUUUCAUUUAGAAAGAGGAAAAAACCCACCCUGCAUUUAUAUUUUCUUUCUGUAAUAUUCUACUGUAGUUGGAAUCUUUUCAGAAAAUCAAGAGACUGGCUAGAUACGAAGAUAUAAGAGUUACUAAUAUUCAGAAUAUUUUAAAGCGUUGAUGGCCCGUGCGCUGGACAGACAGUAUCUCGCGGUGGCACAGACGGACAAGGAAUACCUCAGACGAUGCUGUGGGUGCAGGUCUGGAGAGGAGCACUGGCGCGGUCACGUCCCGGCGCCGGGCGGCUCGGUCGCUCCUGCCUCCCCCGAGGCUGCCGUGCUGGGCUGCUGCUGGUGUGUCUGGUGUUGCCGGGGCCGCCGUGCCGCUCGGUGGUGCAGCGGGUGCGGAGCUGUGUGCGCAGCGCUGGUACCCGGCUGUAGCUAUGCACAACCCCGGGGUACACCCGCGCCGCGGCCCCUCGCUGCCGCCGUGGGCCCUGCGCUCCCUGCGAAGGGGCCGGCAGCCCCGGCCCUAGUGCAGCUCCCGCCGGGGCCGGGGGGUUCUAGUGGUGAGUCCGUCUCCUCCCCAGGAGGCUUUUCACAGAGGGUUUAGUUCGCAGACGUUGGACGCCUCCGACUGCAUGAGCACGCCCCAGGCUCGGACUGGUUUUGUGUAAGAGAUGUCACAGAACGGCACUUUUUCUAAAGAGAAGUUUGAUAUUUUGUAUGCUUGUUAAGAAAGUACAGUAUUGGAAAUUAAAGGUGGACAACUGAUAAUUGAGAAGUAUGUCAAUUAAUUUUUUAUGUAUAUUACCUGUUUACUUGUACAAUUUUAUUGUACAAAUUACAUGCAGCUUCAUUUUCAAAUGAGUCCUUAAAAUAAGGAAAAUCUUUUUAGGAAAACAUUUAAUUUUUGUAUUUUUGAUUUUAAAAGGCAUGAGUUAUGUCAACUUUUUCCAGUGUAUUAAUGAAGAUUUUAACUUUUCAUCAGGUUGAGUGUUUUCUUACUAUAUUAUCUGUUGUGUAUGUAGCUAGCACAUUGUGUCACUGAACUGUUUAAAGAACUUAGCAUGUAGAGCAAGCCUGUUUUGUGGAAAAUCCUUCAUUAAAAAGCAAACCAUCAUGGCAGAUUUUCUGCAAAAGAAGUGAAAACAUUUGCAAUUCAGAAUACUGAUUUUUUUUGUAUUUAAAGAAAGGUAUUUUGCUUGCAGGAAAGAAAUACUACAGAUUCAUUUUAAUGAGAAUCUUUUAAAUGUAUUUAUCUUUAGGGCAUCUGGGCAUCUUUACGCUGUUUGUCUUAUGUCUUUAUUGAAAUAAACUGUACAUAACAUGA